ACCUUGCAAGAUGAAGCUGCUGUAUUUCUGCACACUACUUCUCAUCCUCAUAACACAUCUGGAAGCAAGACCAUCAGCUGAAUUGCAGCAAUGUAAGACUGGCCCCAUGGACCUGGUCUUCAUCAUUGACAGCUCAAGAAGUGUCCGACCCUUUGAAUUUGAAAACAUGAGAAAAUUUAUGAUUGAUAUGAUCAAUUCACUUGAAAUUGGACCUAGCCAUACAAGAGUUGGAGUAGUGCAGUACUCCAGCCAAGUGCAAAAUGUAUAUUCUCUUAAGGCUUACACUACAAAGGCUCAAAUGCAAAAGGCCAUAAAUGACAUAAUUCCUUUAGCACAAGGGACCAUGACUGGUCUGGCUAUACAAUACGCAAUGAAUGUUGCUUUUACUGAGGAAGAAGGAGCUCGACCACUGUCUCAGAGGAUUCCAAGAGUUGCUGUUAUAGUGACAGAUGGUAGGCCACAAGAUCGUGUUACGGAGGUGGCUGCACAGGCUCGGGAAGCUCAAAUUGAAAUCUAUGCAGUUGGUGUACAAAGAGCAGAUGUCAACUCUCUGCGGGCCAUGGCCUCACCUCCUUUUGAGGACCAUGUGUUCUAUGUAGAAUCAUUUGAUCUCAUUCAGCACUUUGCCAUCCAGUUUCAGGAUAAACUCUGUGGUGUAGAUAUGUGCACUGAAAUGGACCAUGGAUGCCAACAUAUCUGUGUUAGUGUUCCCAGCUCCUACUACUGUAAGUGUAACCCGGGUUACAAACUUAAUGCAGAUGGAAAGACAUGUUCAAUGAUAGACCUGUGUGCUCAAGGAGACCAUGGCUGUGAGCAACUAUGUGUCAGUUCUCCUGGAUCUUAUACCUGUGCUUGCAGAGCAGGGUACAAACUAAACAAUGAUAAAAAGACUUGUUCAUCAAUAGACCUCUGUGCUCUGGGGAACCACGGAUGUGAACAACUCUGUGUCAGCUCUCCAGGCUCAUAUACCUGUGCCUGUCGUACUGGAUAUAAACUAAACAAUGACAAGAAGACUUGUUCAUUGAUAGACCUGUGUGCUCAAGGAAAUCAUGGCUGUGAGCAGCUCUGUAUUAGCUCCCUUAGUUCCUAUACCUGUGGCUGCCGUACAGGCUUCCAGCUGAACAAUGAUAAGAAGACUUGUUCAAUGAUUGACUAUUGUUCAUACGGCAAUCACAGCUGUCAGCAGGAGUGCGUGGGCAUCCUGAAUGGCUACUUCUGUCAAUGUAAUGAGGGCUACAUACUUCAAAGUGAUGGGAAGACCUGUCUGGCUAAUGACAUGUGCAGUGUCGUGGACCAUGGAUGUGAAUUUAAAUGUGUCAGCACUCCAGGAUCAUACCACUGCAUUUGCCCAGGGGGCCAAGAACUUCAAGCAGAUGGAAAAACCUGCAACAAAUGCUCCACUGGUUACAUUGAUUUGGUGUUCGUAAUCGAUGGCUCCAAAAGUGUCAGACCUCAGAACUUUGAGCUGGUGAAACAGUUUGUUAUAAAAAUUGUGGACUCCUUGGAUGUGUCAGUCCAUGGCACACAUGUUGGCCUGGUGCAGUAUUCUAGUCGAGUGCGCACCGAGUUUUCCUUGAACCAGUUUAAAACAUCAAAGGAUAUUAGUAAUGCAGUGAGGAACAUUGAGUACAUGGAGAAAGGCACCAUGACUGGAUUGGCAUUGAAGUAUAUGGUGGAGCACAGCUUCUCUCAACAGGAGGGAGCUAGGCCCAAUGUGCCCAAAAUUGGUUUGGUGUUUACCGAUGGCCGUUCACAGGAUGAUAUUUCAGAGUGGGCUAAAAGAGCCAAGGAUGCUGGUAUCACUAUGUAUGCUGUAGGCGUUGGAAAAGCAGUUGAAGAGGAACUCAAUGAAAUAGCAUCAGACCCAGUAAACAAACAUUCCUUCUACACAGCAGACUUCACCACAAUUAAUCUCAUUGCUGAAGAUUUAAAACUAAAUAUUUGCCCAGAAGAGAUUAAAGGAGAGACAGAGGUAAAGAACCCAUGUGAAUGCGAGCAUCUUGUCACUUUUCAGACAAACACCUUAACAGCACUUGGAAAUCUGGCAGAGAAACUAGCCAAACUCACUGAAAGACUGGAAAUCUUGGAACACGAGCUGAAAGAUAGAAAAUGAAGCACUCCAACUGAAAAUAUAAAAAGUUAAAAAGAGGUUUAUGUGGCUUUUUUAUGUCACGUGGUAUUAUUUUGUAAUCCUUUUCAGGAGGCAUCCAACUACAUGCCGCGCAGAGCUGUAAAACUAUUAUAUAAAUAAAUGUGAAUAGAUUGUUAUUAAAAUAAUUUUACUGUUUCUUACUAAGAAUUCAGAAAUAUGUUAAUGGACUAGACUUUGGUAGGUUAAAACAUACUUUGAAUUUAUUUUUUUUUAUUUUAAAAAAAA